AUGUCGGAACGACUGUGCUACUCCGAGCUGUCCACCCGUUUCCCGACGGCGGGCUCGGCCUACGUCUACGUGUACGCCACGGCGGGCGAGCUGCUCGCAUUCCUGGUCGGCUGGGCCCUGGUGCUCGAGUACGGCCUGGCGGCCUGCCUGUCGGCCAAGGCCCUGAGCCGCUAUCUGGCCGCGCUCUCGUACACGGCACUCAGAGCGUACCGCAACGACUCUUCGCUGGAUACCGGCGCGUCGUCGUCGUCUUCGGCCGCGUCGCCGGCGCUCCCGGCAGACCGGCUCCUCUUCGAGGACUCUUUCGCCAACUACCACGUGCCAGGCUUCGACCCGUGCCCUGAUGUCGUGGCCGCCGCUCUUCCCGUGCUCCUGACCGCAGGUCUCGUCGCUAGGCCUAAGGCUUUCGUGGUCUUCCUGAACACAUCCACCAUCGUCAACAUAUUCGUCCUAGUGGCACUGAUGCUGACGGGAUUCUUCAAAAUGGACGCCGACAACUGGACAGCUGGUGCAGGAUUCUUCUCUAAUGGAAUCGUCGGGGUAUUCAAUGGUGCAGCCACGUGCACCUUCGCCUUCAUGGGGUAUGAUCUGGUCUCCCAAACUGCCACGGAAACCUCGAACCGGUUUCGAGUGGUCCCCUCAGCCGUCAGCGUCGUGUUCCUGCUCAGCCUCCUGGGCUGCUUCAGCAGCUCCGUAGCCAUCACCCUUCUGGCCCCUCACUCCCUGCUCGUAGGCUCGGCUCCCCUUCUACAAGCCCCUCUAAUCCGAGGACUUCCAGGCCUCGUCUGGGUCUUGGGCCUCGGGUCCCUAUGUGGGCUCGCGUCUGCGGUUGCUGCGUCCCUCUGGGGACUCUCUGUACUGCUGUCUUCGCUGUCUGCGGACGGACUUCUCUGUAGCCUUACCAGCGGGACCCGGAGGGCUGCUGUAACCGCGGGAUUCCUGGUGUCCAUCACUGCCAUGUUUGUGCAUCCGGACACCCUUCUCGGCAUCUUGGGUUUGGGAACGAUCGUGUCCCUCCUGGCCACCGCGUCGUCGGUCCUGGCCCUGCGGUACGGCCUCAUCGACCAUUUGCCGCUAGAACUUGGAGACUUGAGUCGAGACUCGAGUGCCACGCUGAACCGAGUGACGUCCUCGUGCGAUGUCGACGAUUCCUCGCUGCGAUCUUCGACGGCGUCUGCGAGGUCUGUUCUCGGUGUUGGCGCUGGCGGCGGCUACGGUUCCUUCCAUAGGAGGACGUGGUCCGUAGAGCUGGUCAAUCAGGGCUUCGUGACGUCGCUCGCCGGCGGCGGCAAGGCUUCCCUACCGUGCGGCGGAGUUCCGACCAGGUGUUCGGCGCACAGGACCGCGGUGUUGGUGUGCGGCAUGGUGGCGCUCAUGUUCCUCAUGGGCGUUCUCACGGUGCACGUGCCGAGGGUGGUGAAUGGCGCCGGCCGGUGGUGGCUCGAAGCCCUGGCGACGGUCGCGCUGGCGAUGGUGCUCGCGCUCGCCGUGGCCGUGGUGAGACAGCCUCGACACGGCGCCCACAGUGCGGGCCACAAUUCUGUGCCGUGCGUGCCCCUGCUGCCACUGUGCGCGCUCUGGAUGGACGUGCAUCUGUGCGUGUGCCUUCCCUACACCGCCUGGCUCGCCUUCCUCGUCUGGCAGCUGUUGGGUGUGGUGGUAUACAUGGCGCACGGCGUGUGGCACAGCAGCGAGAGGCACAACGAGGACCCUGAUUGCUCCCUGCUCGAGAGCGUGGGCGGUAUCGGGGACGAUUUCUCGGACGACCUGCUGCCCAUGUCCGAACAGCGCCGGGAGGUGCUCGUCGAGACGUUCUGA